CUUCUACAUACUUCGUACAUACAUACUUCGUACAUACAUACAUUGAUCAGUUAAUACAUUCCAUAAUGAGAGUACUCCCAUACCUAAUGAUUGAUCAAUUAGCACCUGCACCUACCACAAUGAUACCUACUACAUUCGGUACACAUACAUCCGUAUGUACGCAACACACCACUCAUCACGCCCAUCGCGUGUGCAUAGAUUACGUACACGCGUUUGUUCGAACCGUCCUAUGAAUGAACCCGGAGUCGAAUUGUAGCUAUUCCUGACUCCCCUGCUGGUUAGACAGCUUAAUACGAACGCCACAACUCGCAUUCUGGAGGCAUUAUGAGACCAUAAGAUGGCUCAUCCAAGGAAGCGGAAGCGAGGAGACACCCGCAAUAUCCCUUUAGAUGACGAACCACUCGUAAAAAAAGGGAGGAUAAGGAUGAUAGAUCCCGAGAGCAAUCAACGCUCAGCACCUCCACAAGCCCAACACGCGGUUCUCAAUCAAUUCUACUCUCAAGUACUGACCUUACGUAAUUACGUCCUCUCGAGACUACCUACUACGUCUAGGCUUAGAAGGAAAAAAGUUGCUACCAUCGGCAUAGACAAUCACAUCCCAGACUCACCACUCUCGGAUGUGGAGCGGUCUUUAGGGGCCCUGCUUGACGGCACGCUUAUUGGCAUACAGGCCGAAUUGCAAAGACCAGAAGAUAACUGUAUAGAGGGAUGGAAGGCCCUCUCUCAGAAAGGGGAUGAGUCCUGCGUCACACUAUCCGAUGGUGCUACCGGGUUUAUCGAGAUACAGGCACUUAUUGUAGAAUAUGUUGUGAGAACGAUAUUUUCCAGAGAGAAGUCUAGCACAUGGCCAAAGCAUUUACUUUGCGACGGCUACAGUAGAAAUCGGGGCUUAGGGCUACGUGCAUUUCGGCGUAACCCUCAUGUCGAGACGCUGAAGCAGUCGCCAUGGCCACAGCUUCUCGCCCUAAUGGGUGACUCGGGGGAACGUAUUAUGAUAAGCCUACUCCUCGACUGUGCUAUAUUUACGCCUGUGAAAACAGGGGCGAAUAAUUUCUGUCAGAUCAGUGGAAACCCAUUGUCGGACGUCGAUGUGCUUAAUCAAGAGAAGCCCGGGAGACUGCCAGGUAGCUCUGGUGUAAAAACCAUGUCAGAGAUUAUCUUUGUCCGUAACCGUAUGCUCUACGCUAGAGCUUCUCUUAACGCCCAUGGAGUUGUACACUUCGGUUUAAGACAUAUCCACGUAUUGAACCGGUCUUUAUAUAGCCACCUCGAUAAAGUAGAAGGGCACUCAACUGAGGCCAAGCAACGGAUGACGCUACAGAAUGAAGCCCACACUCUACGAAUUAUGAUGUACAUUUUCCCUCGUCAAUUUGGGCUUCAUAAUGUGUUUACUUCCAAAGUCAAUUUCAAGGAAACAGCUCAUCGGCUCAAGGAUUAUACUCUUCGAGAAGAGGAGAUUUUUGAAAAGUUUGGCCGGCUCAACGAGUCCACUACCCAGUACAAAUCUUACACCAGCGUUGUUCUUACUCGAAACUCCUUCAACAUCAUUGCCCACUUCAUACUUCUCUUAGCCACCAAGAGCUUGAGUCUACUGAAGCCAGCGCCAGUCAUAAACCUUCACGCAAAGCGGUUGUGUUAAGGAAAAGGAAGGCAACCCAACCCUCCCCCACUCAAAAAGAUCCGAUAUCAUCUAUUUUCGACCUAGCAACUCCACCGGCAAAGAUCUCUGCCUUCUGUCAGGCUGUUUUAA